UAAUAUGGGAAUUCUUUCUUUUAUAGUUUCCAUUUUGACAAUCACAUAUGGGAAUACCACAUUGUUUAUUGUCACAAGUUUUAUCUUGUUUUUUUCUGCAUUUUUGUUCUUGAUAAAUUCCAAAAACAGAGUGCAAGUUUUUAAGCAACAAUUCAGCCAAGAAAAUAAGCUAGAUCAUCUGAUUGAAUCAGAUAAAGGGUGUUUGGAUAUGGGUUUACAAGAUUCUUGUUCAGAGAGUGAAGUAAUUGAUCAAUUUUCAUGCACAACUGAAGAAGAACAAGAUUCUGAUUAUGACAGGUGGCAGUUUUCCGGCGAUACAUCCGGCCGGAGAACCGAAUGCUCAGAUGGGUCAAUAUCAGAUGAGGAAAGUUUGAUCGAAAUCGAGUUACCGGGCGGUCAUUAUGUGGGCCACAAUGAAUAUAAACAUGAAGAAGAAAACAAGUUUUAUUGCCGGAAAAGGUCGCCGGAAUCGGUGUUAUGGUGGCGGGAGAUGAAUGAGGAAGAAAAUAUGAUAGAGAUUGACUUGUCAGUGGGGUCCAUUAAGUGCUCAAGAUUUGGGAUCAAAGCAUGAGCAAUUAAAUUCUACUUUAUGAUGAUUAUGUUUGUGUAUUACUAAUUCCUUUUGGGUUUAAAGGGUUUUUUGUGAUCUUAUUUAGAAAAAUUGGAUUUUGUUAUCUUUUAAACCAAGCAAAAAGGAUAUGAUAUUUGUGAAAUUAGAUAUCUUGAGGACUUUAGCA